UUCAGCACGUGUUUAGCUUCGUUUCAAUUAAGUAUGUGUCGUUUAGUAUUUGUAUUAAUAUUAUUGUGGCUACUUUGGAGGCAUGGCCAUGCAUUUGAGGUGCGCUUUGAGGAGAGCUAUCCUGGCUACCGCAUCGCCUCGGAUUUGGACGCGGUGUCGCAGCGCCUGCACAAGCGCGAGAUGCAGCAAUUUUUCGACAAAGCUGCCUACAGUUUUAAUGGCCUAGAACGUGUGGCUUCAGUACCCGUGCCCUUUCCACUGGACAUCUGUAUGCUGCAGUUGCCCACAGUGAAGUAUGCGACAACUCUGCACAAGGAUGCGGCGGGUGUGCGUCAUUUUGCCGUCUUCGUGUGGCGUGCGGCUGAGCAGGACUAUGCGCUUUUGCUGCAGCAGCCGGCGCCCAAGGCCGUGGCACUAGACUGCCUGGCAUAUGCAGGUCUGGGCUAUGUGGCGCUCAGCUAUAAUCACACCGAGCCCGUGCUGCAGGCGCGUGACGGUUCGCCCAUCUAUGAGCUGUCGCCGGAGCGCGGUCUGCGCACGGUGCAAUAUUUUGCAGGUUUGCGAUUGCGGGGAAUGUAUUUGAGGAUUAGCAGCCAGGAGCUGACGCUGCUGCAGGCCUACGAUGGCGGCGCCAACACGGAAAACCAACGUUGUCCCUACUUCAAGUGGACGAGCGGCACAUUUCAGCGCCUCGGCGCCAUACCCUGCAGCAACGCCCGCCGGCUGGAGGCCUUUGGCAUUGACUAUGCCGACUAUGUGGCGGUGGCCAAUUAUGCGAGCGCCGAUGAACGCACCUCCACCCAUUCCGAAAUCUACAAAUACGAUGCGACAGCGCGUCGCUUUCAGCUGUUCCAAAGACUGCGCAGCAACGGUGCCGUCGAUGUCAAGUAUUUUAGUCUGCCGGUGAAUGAAGUGAGUCAUCGACACUUUCUCAUAUUGGGCAAUACGGUGGCCGCGGGAGGGGGCGGUAGUGGCAGAGCCAGUGGCGGCGAUGGCGAUGGCGAGGCGGAUACGGUGAUCUAUGUCUAUGAUAAUGGACAGUUUGUGCCCUAUCAACGUUUAAGUUUCUAUGCACUGGAACGUUUUUUGCCCGUGACGCAUGCGGUUGCGGAAAAGUUUCUGCUCUUUGUGGCCUGCAACAAGCAGGAUGUAAAAAUCUACAACCUCAACGAUUGGAAAUUCGAGGAAUCAACAGUGCAGUUCACCGAAGGCGCUUUCAGCAGGGGCGUGGCACGCAUGCGCAGCUACGAAGAAAACGAACAAAGCUAUCUGAUCAUUGCCAAUGAGAAUAUGGCCGCCAAUGAGACAAACAUAUUCCAGCCGCUCUACAAACAGGACGAACAUGCGAAUGUUCUGCGUCAGGAAAUUAUAGAAUGGGCACGCGAGCAGACAAAAAGAUUGGAGCAAGUGAAUGUUGAGCAUUUAUUGCUGGGUCUGCAGCAAAAACUCAAAAAACGGGAACAACAAAGAAUGAAUAUCAAGCGUGUGAAUACCAAGUCGCUAGUCGAUGCGCAACAGAAGCUAACCACAAACUAUUGGGAUGCUCUGCGCUAUGCGAAACGUGCUCUGGAUGUGAUCGAACAGGAUGCAGCUCAGGCUCAGCAUCAUCCUGUCAAGCGGGAUGCCUUGGAGCAGCCAACAGAGCAGCACGAAUUCGAUGAGAUUACAGUGAGCACUUUGGUAGUGCAUGAGCGGCUGCAGGCGGAGCACAUUAAUGGAGUGAACAGUCAUAAGCCCAUCUACGAGUCGGUCAAUGCCAGCAAAGUGUAUGUGAGCGAGGAGUACAGGGAGGCAGCCACGGAUCAGCUUGUGCCCGAAUUGGAGCGGCUGAGCGUGCAGGAGCUGCAGCUAGCAGGCAAACUGAAUGGCCACAACUGGACACAGCUGCUCGGGCAAACACUCAAACGGCGGGGCAGUGAGGUGCAAUUCGUGAAAGCGCCCGUGGACAUAAGCAACCUAAAAGCCGAGGCGGUGCGGGUCAACAGCAAUGAGAUUAACGACCGGCCGCUGGGUCAGCUUGUCUCCAUCGAUGGUGGCGACUACAUAGUGCAGCAGGAUGUGCAAUUCGCACAGCCCAUCGAGGUGAACCGGCUGCUCAUUAAUCAGCGUCUCAAUCAAAUACACGUGGAUCGCCAGCGCUUCGAUGUGCUGCUUCACCAGGCGAAUCACACCCAGGUGAUCGAGGGUGUCAAACGUUUUCAGAAUAUACGAGUGCUGGAGCCUAUUACGAUUGCGGGUCAAUUGCUGGGCACCGAGCUGCUCGCCAUGUCGCCCAUGAAGGUGACGCACGAGGCGCUGCAACUGCAGGGCGACUAUGUGAUCGACGGAGACGUGACCAUUGGUGAGCUGCUACAAGUGCAGGAUGUGCGUGAUGCAGUCACGCAGAGAUCAGCAGCCGUGAUCUUGCAGCAGGCGCUACGUGUGGAUCAAUCUUUAGAGAAUGUGAAUUUGCGCUUUGAGCAACCGCUAAGCGCCAACGACACCCAGCUGAGCUUCAUCAAUGCGCAGGAUAUGCAGGAACUGGUGCAGCUGAAUGUCGAGCAGGUACAGGUGAUUGAGGGCGUAAAAGUUCUACCCCAAAGUCUAACCAUACGCGAUGGCUUCGGCGAAGUCAACAUACUGAAUGGCAUCAACGUGGAGCAGCUGCCGCAGCUGCUGCUGCUCAAAAGUAGCAAUCAAAGCUUCAAAUUUCCCAUGCAGCUGGCCGGUCUGGAGGCGCCGCAACUGUAUGCCAACACACUGCUGCUAAAUGGUCUGGAAUUGUUGGAAUAUAUGCGACACAGCGGCGAGCAGCGGUCCAACAACAGCUUGUACGUGGAAUACCUUCAGGCCGAGGAGCUAGGCGUGGACCAGCUGCACAUGCAUGGCACUAUUUUUGGCCACACUUUGGAUGAGCUCUUUCAGCAGGGCGCACAGCGACCGCACAGCUGGCAACUGCCGGAGCACUUCAAUGGCACCAUCCACGCGAGGAACGUAUGGCUCAAGGGGCACAUAAACAACGCGAGCGUAGCCCAGGUGGAGCAACAGCUGCAGCAAUUAGCGGGCAAUAUUAAAUACGUGGGCGACUUCACCUUUAGACAUGCGGUCAACAUAAGUGGCCUCAGCUUUGGCGACACUCUGAACGGCAUCGAAGCUCACAGAUUGGGAAACUGCUGGCUGGAGAGCAGCGGGAAGCCGCAGCAGUUUACAGCACCACAAACCCUGGCGGCUGUCUCAAGCGACAAGGAUGUACUGCUCCACGGUCGCCUAAACAACUUUACGCUGGAGCAGCUGGUCAAAGGCAGCUACAGGUUGAAUGCUACGGAACACUUGCAAGCGGUUAAAUUUGUUAAUCCCAUUGUGUUGCAACAACCACUGAGCGUGGGUCGUGUAAACGGACUGCGUGUGCCGGAGGAUAUGCUGUAUGCGCAAGGCGGCGGCAUGCUGCAAGCGCCGCUCAAGAUCAAUGGUCAGCUGCUGGCGUCUGCCCAGCAGUGCAAUGUGAGCAGCCUGAAUGGCGUUCAGCUGGACGCACUGACGCAUUACCUGAGCGGUGGAUAUGACAUGCUGCACGUGGAGCAAGCACAGUUUGAGAUGGCGCCCAAGUAUGAGAAGCUAAACGGACAUAAGCUGCAGCAGCUGCUCAAUGAUCUGUGGCUGGACAAUGAGAUGGUUGAGCUGAAAGCUGUGCAACUGGCAAACGCCAGCUUUAAGGGAUUGGUCGAGUUUGAGGGCACACUAAAUGGCUUGGAUGUGGAGCAUGUCGGUCGCAACUAUUUUAGCCGUACGCGCAGUCAUCUUCUUAAUGUGGCGUUUAAUUUCAACCAUGACGUCACUUUUGCACAGACGCUGGCCGCGAGGCAAGUACAGCUACGUGUUAAAGAUGGCGCACUUGUUGAGGGCAUAGGCAAUGUCUCGCUAAAUUUUGACGAUUUCGUGGCAAACACAUUAAAAACUGCUGGACCACACAUCAUCACAGGCCAAUGGAGCUUAUCGGAGGCUCUUGUAUCGGGCGAUUUAAAUAAUGUGCUCAUAAAUCAAUUAAAUCUAGUUGAUGACGUUCUGCGCAACGAUACCCAGGGCGUUACCUUGUUAGGCGCAACUAAAAGAGCUGCCAGCGCCACCAUAAAAAGACUCUUUGCAACGCCCACUAGCACAGUAGCAAAUGUGCCUGUGGCACAGUGGAUCAACGACACGGUGUACAUUUAUGGUAAUCACAGCAUUGCCGGCACAACAAUACUGGAAACCUUGAAUCUCUACAAUGAUCUGCGCGUUAAGGGUCCAGUUAAUGGCAUCCACUGGCAAGCAGAUCAGCUGCUGCUAUGCGAUGGGGAGCAGCAUAGCGCUGGCUCGCUGCUGGUGGAGAAUGCGCUGCCGGACCAACGGCGCAUACUGAGCAGCAACAUUGAGGAGCUUUGGGUGGAUCGUAUUAAUGGACUGGCUGUGAACGAGCUAUUGGCAAAUAAGGCGCACAAUCGUCCAAAUCUGCAUGUGGCCAGUCACUUGAUCUUCACGCAGCCGCUAAGCGUGGCCAACUAUGAGCUGGGUGAAGUGCCACUCGAAGGCUACAAGUGGAAACGCGAGGCCAAUGCUGUAGAGAAUUGGCAGCAGCUGAAUGCCCAUGUGGCUGCAGUGCAGCACCGUCUAGCGGCGCCCGCUUAUGUGCUAGAGAGCUUUGCGCUGCUACAGCAGUUGCCACUAAAUGCUAGCCAGUUGGAGAUGAUGCACGAGCAAACCUCAAAUACGGAUGUCCUAGCCAUUUGGCAUGGCAAAAACAAAGAAGCCUUGCAAAUAGAAGUCUAUGCCUGGCAAGACCAGGAGCGGCAAUUCAAACACAAUGCAAGCCUAACAAAAAUGUUGCAACCCCAUGAGAAAUUAGCUGAGCAGAACAACACAGUUUUUGCACCGAUUAGUGCCGACGCUUCGUUCCGUAGCCCCUUACGUCUAAUGUUUUUAGACUGUCUGGCGCUACAAAAAGAACUGGAAGAACUCGUCAUCUACUGCCGCGCCAAUAGGAGCAUCAAUAGUACAAUCUGGCGCCAGGCCGUGAUACCAACUGGACGCGUAAAACAGCUGCUGCCCGCUACUGAUAAUAUUGGUUCUCCUCUGGCCCUGCUCGUUGACAACUCCGUGGAGUUCUGGCAGUGGGCAGUGGAUGGCAGCAGUAAGUUGCAGCAGCGUCUGCAAAUAAUGCAGGCUGAGCAAAUGGCGCUGGCGCGUCAUGAGAACAAUGAUUACUUGGCCGUCUUGACUGCAUCCCCAGCAGCCGCCAUCCACAUAUACAGUGCCGACAACAGCAACGCCUUGGAUUACCAUCUGGAGCAUAUAUUUGAAUUGGACGAGUCGCCGCAGCAGCGUCGCCUGCUUUUUGUACAUCUGCACAAAUCCAAAGAUCUGCUGCUUUGCUUGUCCAAUGCCACUGCCACGCAAACCCUGCGCAUUUAUCAGCACCAGGGCGUGGCAGGCUUUCAACAGAUCCUCAGUGAUAGCACGCUGCCUGCUGCUCAGUUCUUGCAAACUCUGGAGCUGCCAGCGUCGCAAAAUACGGUCUUGGCACUAGUCAAUGGUGAUGGCGUCUUUUUGGUGGGACCUCAGUUCACAAAGCUCUGAGGCACAAAGAAUAUAUAUUACUGUUUAUUAAUUAUAUCUGAUACAAUAGGUAUUUCAAAUGUACAUAAAAUGUUUUUGUAAAUAUUUACUAAUUAUUUGAUAGUUUUCUAACACUUCUAUGUUCUCAGUGAAUCAUCAUGCAGACUGAACGUGUUUACUACAUAACGUAUUUCAAUUCAAAACAUACAAAAAUAGAAAAAAUGAAACAAGUA